CCUAAUAUCGUUGCGAGCGACCCUGAGCGAUCGUUUCUUCAACUUCUACAUCUUCGCCGACUAAUAGAAGAUGAAGUUCAACAUCGCAAAUCCAACGACUGGGUGCCAGAAGAAGCUCGAAAUAGAUGAUGACCAGAAACUCCGAGCUUUCUUUGACAAGAGGAUCUCACAGGAGGUCAGUGGAGAUGCACUGGGGGAGGAGUUCAAGGGCUAUGUAUUCAAGAUUAUGGGAGGCUGUGACAAGCAAGGUUUUCCAAUGAAGCAGGGAGUCUUGACUCCAGGGCGUGUUCGUCUUUUGCUACAUCGAGGGACUCCUUGCUUCCGAGGAUAUGGUAGGCGAAAUGGAGAGCGCCGAAGGAAAUCUGUGCGCGGGUGUAUUGUUAGCCCUGACCUCUCUGUUUUGAACUUGGUCAUUGUUAAAAAGGGUGAGAAUGAUUUACCUGGACUGACUGAUAUUGAGAAACCAAGGAUGAGAGGUCCCAAGAGGGCAUCAAAGAUCCGGAAACUCUUUAACCUAUCCAAGGAAGAUGAUGUCCGGAAGUAUGUUAAUACUUAUCGCCGCACCUUCAAUACCAAAUCUGGGAAGAAGGUCAGCAAGGCUCCUAAAAUACAAAGGCUGGUAACUCCCUUGACUCUGCAAAGGAAGCGAGCUAGGAUUGCUGACAAGAAGAAGAGGAUUGCAAAGGCCAAAUCUGAGGCAGCUGAGUACCAGAAGCUUCUCGCCACCAGGUUGAAGGAGCAGCGGGAACGGCGUAGUGAGAGCUUGGCAAAGAAGAGGUCCAGACUCUCUGCAGCUUCUAAGCCAUCUGCCAUUGCGUAGGGCAUUGGGAUAUAAUCCUUGGUUUUGGAUGUUUUUUGAUGUCAUUGCUGAGUAACAUAGUGUUACAGUAAUUUUUACUUCUCUUUGGAUGGCAAGUUCAUUUGACUGGCUGUUGAGUACUGCUAUUCUACUUAGAAGAAUUUUGGAUUGUUGUUUUAAAUUUGAUGUCAUCAUAUGUGGUCUUGUCACUCCAUUUGGCAUUUGUUUGGGCAAUAUUUGUUGUUGAUUAAGAUGGUGGAUUCCAUCUGCUGUGUGUUUCUUGAUUGCAUUUGGA